AUGAAGUUGAAGCUUAAAGGAGCUCAAACUGGACAUGAUUUACUCAAGAGAAAGAGCGAAGCAUUAACAAAAUCGGUAGAAAUUACCAGACGGAUUGAUGAGGCAAAAAGAAAAAUGGGCAGAGUCAUGCAAAUAGCAGCAUUUUCUUUGGCAGAGGUUACAUACGCCGUCGGAGGUGACAUCGGAUACCAAAUCCAAGAAUCGGCGAAGUCGGCCCGUUUUCGACUGCAGACAAAACAAGAAAAUGUUUCAGGUGUUUUCUUACCAGCCUUUGACAGCUACAUCACCGAAGGUAACGACGAUUUUGGUCUAACAGGACUUGGAAAGGGAGGCCAACAGGUCCAAAGAUGUAGAGAGACUUAUGCGCGAGCCGUAGAGACACUAGUUGAGCUCGCCAGUCUUCAGACCGCAUUUGUCACUCUAGACGAAGUUAUUAAGGUUGUCAAUCGUCGAGCACAACACAGCGAGCACGUUAUCAUCCCGAGGACUGAAAAUACAAUAAAGUAUAUUAAUUCCGAACUCGAUGAACUUGAUCGCGAAGAAUUUUUCAGACUCAAAAAAGUACAAAAUAAGAAGCAGCGCGAAAGUGCCAUACAAGACGCUAUUAUGAGAGCCAAACGUAUCCAGAUAGCUGAAAGGGACGAAAUCAGCGAGGAUACUAAUGUCGACGUUCUGGGAAAUGAUGAGGAUGCAGAUGUGAUAUUUUAA